AUAAAAAAAUUUGAAUAUCAAACAAAGGACUGCUUAAUAUUUUGAAAAUUACUUUUUACUUCAAUUAAUGAAAAUAUUUGAAAAAAACGUGUCUAAUUAAUAAAAUCAGAAAUUUAAAAUAAAUAUAAUAAAACCAUUUCUUCUUUAAAUUUUAAUGAAAUCAAAUUUACAUUCACUUCGAAUCUAUUUAUUUUAUAAUUAUUUAAAUAAAUUCGGAGCUCCAUUAAAUGGCGCCAAGGCCUUCAGACACAAAAUUUAAAAAUUGAAAUCAAGAAACGUUAACAAAAUAUAAAAAUGUCUUGUUCACCUGAAGAUAUAGAAAAAAAACGUCUGCUGGCAAUCGAGAGACGUAAUUUACGUCGACAAUCAUCAAUAGUGACAGGAACAGGUGCAGGUUCAUCGAAUAAUCGUGUUGGUGAUAACGUGAAACAAAAUAAUGACUUAUCAACUUUAUCACCAGCUCCAAAAAAAAUUAAUAGAUCUAGUGAAGAAAUGACUUCACCGACACCCUCGACUCCAUCAACCUCGACAUCACCAUCAUCUUUAUCGCCAACAUCUCCUUCCUAUAGAUUUAUUCACAACCAAUACCGUGUCAAGGGAUCAAUAUCAAUGAUCAGUGACACCCGAUUCCAAGUUGCCAUAAAUUAUCACCAGGAAUUCAUAAAUUAUUGCCAGAGAUUCAGUUCUCGUUACUUGGAUCCGCAAAAAAAAUUGUGGAGUUUCGACGUCAAAGAGUACGACAAAUUUAUGCAAGACUUGAAGUCAGUACCUCAAGUCCUAAUUACCGGUCUUCCUAAGUACGUUUACCGGAUUUUCGUUUCAAAAUCAGCUGAUGCUGACAUUGACAUAAAUCGAGAAAUUGAUUUGUCCAACAUUGAUUCCAAGUUGAGACAAACGCUGAUGUCUUUCCAACGCGAGGGAAUUUGCUUCGGAAUCCGUAAAAACGGUCGCUGUAUGAUAGCCGAUGACAUGGGUCUAGGAAAAACUCUACAAGCACUUGCUAUCGCUCAUUACUAUCAAGCAGACUGGCCACUUCUUAUCGUCGCACCCGCAUCACUCACGCACAAAUGGCUCCAUGAUGUCAGAGAAUUUCUUCCUUCCGUAGACGUUGAAGAAAUCUGCCUAUUUUCCGGCAGCAAAGGAUAUUUUGAAAAUGAAAAAAUUAUUAUUGUUUCCUAUGACUCGUUAGUGAAAUGCAAGAAAGUUUUCAUGAGGAAAAAAUUCAAGACCAUAAUACUGGACGAGUCGCAUUUUUUGAAAAAUUAUAAUUCAGAACGAACUAAAGCCGCAGAAGCUGUUGCGAAUGAUACUUGUCAUAUUAUUUUAUUAAGUGGAACACCCGCAUUAUCGAGACCUUAUGAAUUAUACUCGCAAAUUCGUCUUAUUGACCCGACAUUUUUUAAACGUCACAAUUUUGGACUGCGCUACUGCGCUGGCAAAGAAAAAUUAAUAAAAAAAAAUUGUCGUGUUUGGGACUACAGCGGAACUUCAAAUCUAGUUGAACUGCAAUUAUUAUUAAAUAAAUGCUGCUUGAUUAGACGAAUGAAAGCUGAUGUAUUGAAUGAGUUGCCAUCGAAAAUCCGGCAAUUCAUUGUACUGGACCCGAAUUUGGUAGAGACGUCAAUCCAAAUGCGGACAGAAUUUAAAAAUAGCAGAAAAAAUCCAAAUCAACUGAUGCAGCUGUACAACGAGUCUGGGCCGCAGAAAGUGAAGGCUGUGUGCAAUUACGUGUUUGACUUGUUGGAGAAGAAUGAGAAAUUUGUCAUCUUCGCGCAUCAUAAGCAAACGCUGGAUGCGAUAUGUGAGAAGAUUGAUAAAAAACGUGUACAGUAUGUGCGAAUCGAUGGCCAGACGGAUAAAAAACAGCGACAGCAGCGGGUUGACUUGUUCCAAGAGUCUGAUGAUGUUAUGGUCGCUGUUUUAUCGAUUCUGUCCUCUAACUCGGGAUUUAGCUUGACGAGAGCUAGUCUUUGUGUCUUCGCUGAGCUCUACUGGAACCCGGGUAGUCUGCUCCAAGCUGAAGAUCGCGUCCAUCGCAUUGGUCAAGACAGUCCAGUUGUUAUUCAGUAUCUGGUGGCUAACAAUACUGUCGAUGACUAUUUGUUGCCGCUGAUUUAUAGUAAAAAUGACUUUUUGAUCAAAGCUGGUUUUAUCAAAGAUUUCGCGCUAGAUUCUGCUGAAGUUUUUACGCAGGACAAUAAUUAAUACUCAUUAUUAUUUAUGAUUUUUAUUUGAAAAAUUUUCCAUACUAUUUAAAAAAUUAAUCACGAAUUUUUUUUUUUUUAAAGACUAGGCCGUUCAUAAAAAAUAUAAACAGUAUUAAUUUUUUUUAUAAUUUCACAGUCAAAAUUUAUAAAUUAACGGUCAAUAUUUUUUUUUUUAAUAAUAAUUUAAUUGACAAACAAUCAAUUGAAC